AUGGGCUGGCGUGCUGGUGAAGGCUUAGGCGAGGCCGGUGCUGGUAUUGUCAACCCUAUCGAAACCAAGCUACGACCUAAGCAGAUGGGUAUCGGUUUCAGAGGAUUCAGUGAACGAACCGAGGAGCAGAAACGAGAAGCGAAACGAAGAGGCGAGAUUGUGUCCAGUGAUGGAGAAGGAGAAGAAGAGAUGGAUGAAGACGAAGAAAUGGGAGAAGCACAGCCAAAGCAACCGGCUAAACGCGAAGCAUGGAAGCGAAAAGCACGAAAACCGAAACAAGUGUACAAGACGGCAGCAACGAUUUUGGCCGAAACCACCAACGAGCAACCAGCUGCUGGAAGUCAACAAAAGAUUAUCGACAUGACCGGUCCACAAGCUAAAGAGGUGACGCUGGCCGAUCUACAACAAACAGCAACCUGGAUCGAAACGACGACACGGCUUCCAGAACUGCGCCAUAAUUUGCGACUGAUUGUUGAUCUUGCCAAAGGUGAUCUCGAAAACUUGUCCCGAGACAAGCAAUCCAACGCCUUGCGCAUCCAAUCGAUGGAAGAAGAAUGCAAAGUGAUUCGAUUAAGGAUUGACGGUGAACAAGCACGAAUGGCCAAGGUGGAAGAUGUCAAGGCAAUGGCCACAGAUCUGAAAAAGGUGUCGAAGAAUGCAUUGGCGACGGGUGCAUACGAGCAAGCCAAUAUCACUGCUUUGUUUGGUCAUAUCUUUGAACAAAUGAUGGUCAAGUAUAGCAACGAAAUCGAACAGCUCGGUUUGGAUCAGCUCGUGGUGGCAGUAUGGGCACCUAUCAUGAAGUUCAAGUCGGCGCACUGGGAUGUGUUGGCAGAUCCAACGUGGGGUGUUGCAGAUGUGCAGAAGUGGCGACAGCUGCUAGUCAGUAACGAUGAUCCGGUUAGAGAUGAGACUGGACUGCUGGUGCUUCGGCCGAGAUCCAAGGAGACGCCCAGAUCAACACCGUAUGAGACAAUGAUGAAUACCAUAUGGCUGGUCCGUGUGCGUAGUGCUAUAAAUAAUCAAUGGAAUAUCCGAGACCCUGAUCCGCUGGUGCAACUCUUGGAGGCAUGGAAACCUUUGUUGCCGCGCUUUAUAUUUGAAAACAUUAUCAACCAACUGAUCUUGCCGAAGAUAUCGCGUGCUGUAUCCGAUUGGGAUCCUCGCAACGACCCGGAAAUGAUCCACACCUGGAUCCAUCCAUGGCUACCUGUACUGGAAGCUUGGCGACUUGGCGAACUGUUUACCUCGAUUCGACACAAACUGGCCGUUGUCCUGCGUGUCUGGCACCCUUCGGACGAAUCUGCAUUGCACAUCAUCAUGCCUUGGAAGGAUGUUUGGACAGCUCAACAAAUGGAAGGGUUCAUGAUUAAGUCCAUCCUGCCCAAGUUGACACGCGUUAUGCGUGACGAAUUUAUGGUCAAUCCACGGGAGCAGCAGUUGGAACCGUUGAUUUGGUGUAUGGCUUGGAAGGAUGUCUUGCCGGAGACUAUAUUGACGCAGCUAAUCGAGAACGAGUUUUUCACAAAGUGGCUGGAUGUUCUGUACAAAUGGCUUACGUUGUCAAGAGACAGAGUCAAUUACGACGAAGUGAGAGAAUGGUAUCUUUGGUGGCGCCAAGUGUUUGACUCGUACGACUUGGGUGAAAACAGGGCUGUCUCUGCUUGUUUCAGAAAGGGACUGGAUAUGAUGGCCAUGGCCGCGAAUGGACAGCCUGUGGUGAAAGGAUAA